AUGAAGCGGGCGGACGUCGAUGGAGUCGUUAGCCUAGCAUUCGAGGAGUACUACAACGGACCCAUGGAUUUUUCCGCCGGCAUCCGGGGAGGCUUUGCAGUGUUGGAGUCGGCGUGGCGAAGCGCACUGCGGAACGGGAAGUUCCAAGAGGCGGACAAGGAACGGCUGACCGACUGGUUGGAGAUGAUUUGGCUGCGAAUCAUGAUACAGUGGGGGUUCAGCAUGCGCGAACAGUUCGGGAAGGGUGGGCGCGAUCACAGGGUGUUCUGUAUCUCCGACGAGAAGGCGAGGAAUUUAGGAGGGGACGGGGAAGGCGGCUCCUCCAAGCCCCCCCUUGCCGCCCUGGCCGAGAUCAGCCUGCAAGUGCCGAACGGAAAGACCUCCCCGCCUUUCCCGGUCCCAUUGUGGUACAAGAGGAUUGUGGGGUGGCCCGGGCCUGUGCUUCCGUACAUAAGCAACGUCCUGGUUCACCGCAACGCCCGACGGCAAGGCUUGGCCAACAGGCUGAUGCUGCGGUGCGAGAAGCAGGCGCGAGAUUGGGGGUUCACGCAGGUGUACUUGCAUGUCGACUUGACGUACUACCCCGCCGUGCGGAUGUAUGAGACGAUGGGGUACGAGGUCGUCAGCGACCUCGAGGUGUCCUUCGAGAACCCGCGCCUGCGGUACAUGAAGAAGAUAUUGUAGCACACGCGCGCUUGCAUCGGCUCGUGGGUGGUUUCUUUAGAGGGUAGAGUCCGGGUGAUCGAUGCAAUGAGGCAAAAAUAAAGCGUUUCGGUGUAUUUAGCGAUGGGUCCGAUUAACGGUGUGGUGGUUAAUGUGUGCUC